AGCCUGCUCACCUACAAAAUGAGAACCAUGCAUGUUAUUCUGCAGCUUAUAGCCAUACUAUGCAAUGUGGAGACAGUUGCCUCAGUUUGGCAGGAAAGCAGAAGCUCUUCAGAAAAAGCCUUCCACAGGGGAACAAGGGAAUUGAAUGCUCCAUCUCCAAUAGACUGCAAACUGAGCAGCUGGAGCGCGUGGGGGCCCUGCGACCCGUGCACCAAUCAAAGGUUUCGCUCCAGACGUAUUGAAAGAUUUGGGCAGUUUGGUGGAAAAGCAUGCCUGGAGGCCCUAGGAGACACACAAACCUGCAAAACCAGCAAAGCCUGUCCUGAAGACCCAGAGCCAAACUGUGGUGCUGACUUUCAGUGCAGUUCAGGCCGAUGUAUAAAGCGAAGACUUGUGUGCAAUGUGGAUAACGACUGUGGAGACUUUUCUGAUGAAGAUGACUGUGAGUCUGACCCACGGUCACCAUGCCGCAACCACGACAUCGAUGUGUCUGAAGUUGGCAGGACUGCAGGACAAGGAAUCAAUGUUUUAGGGAUGCAGCCAAUGGCCAGCCCAUUUGACAAUGACUUUUUCAAUGGUCUUUGUGAGCGGGUGCGUGAUGGGAACACACGGACGUACUACCGCAAGCCGUGGAACGUGGCUGCCCUCACUUACGAUACAAAAGCAGACAAAACUUUCUCAUCUGUGUACUACCAUGAUCGUGUGAAAAUGUUACAAGAGGUUUACAUAGAAAAACAGAAAUAUUUUAGUGUUGGCGCCUCUCUGAAGUACACACCUACAGAUGGGAGCAACAAAAAUGAUUCAGAAGGAAAUUUCAAAUAUGACUACAGAAAGAAUUAUACUUUUAAUUCCAUCCUGCAAAGCUACACAGAAAGGAACCAAACCUUUCUGCAUGUAAAAGGACAGAUUCAGCUGGGAAGGUUCCAAAUUCGGAGUCGUGAUGUUCGUCUCACAGACAGUUUCCUUGAUGAUUUAAAAUUUCUGCCUGCUGAAUAUGACAAGGGGGAGUAUUUCAAAUUCCUAGAAGACUAUGGAACUCACUAUGCACUCUCUGGAACUGUAGGAGGAAAAUACGAACUUGUUUACGUGCUGGAUAAUUAUGCUAUGUCUCGACUAGGAAUCACUGUAGAAGAUGUAAAAAAAUGCCUUGGCUAUCACUUAGAUGCCAAUAUUGCAUAUGAAAACAUACAAGCCAAUAUUAAUGUUGAUGGUGGUAAAUGUGAACAUAUUCAUAGGAAGGACAAAUCAGAAAUGAACGAUAAUGCUGUCAUUGACGAUGUCCUUUCCUUAGUUGAGGGAGGGAAGAUUGACUUUUCAGUUAAAAUCAAAGAAAUGUUACUACGAGGAGCCAAAGCAGUUGAUGUAGAGGAUUACAUGGAGUGGGCUAAAUCUUUGGUUGAUGCUCCAGUAGUGAUACAGCAACGGCCUUCUCCAAUAUAUACACUUGUUCCAGUUAAGAUGAGAGAUGCAUAUUUAAAGAAACAAAAUCUGGAAAGGGCAAUUGAAGACUACAUUACUGAAUACAGUGUGUGCAAAUGUAAACCCUGUAAAAAUGGAGGCACCCUUGUGCUGGUAGAUGGAGUCUGUACAUGCCUGUGCUCAAGUUAUUUUAAGGGAAUUGCUUGUCAAAUUCCCAAAUCUACAUUAGUGAAAGUUGUGACUGAUGGAGGCUGGAGCUGUUGGAGCGCCUGGUCCACCUGCAUCAACGGAGAGAGCACUCGAACCCGCCAGUGUAACAAUCCUGCACCAGGACCUGACGGCAGGCCAUGCCAGGGAGAAAGCAUUGAAAAACGGCCCUGUGAAGAAGGGCAAUAGUUAUGCUCCUCAAAACCAGAAAACAUUAAUGGAUUCUAAACCAGUUCUACAAAUCACAGUUUCUGCUGGCCAGCUAGCUACACCAGGACACUGUAAUGGCGUGAUUUAAAAGUAUCUGCAGCUUAAAUGAUCUGUAAUCAAAACAAAGGAAUAAACUACAAACAUAUUAACAGAGAUGUGCUGAUAC